AUGACACAAGGCAUCCCCCUGGACAGGGUCUUCACCCACAAGUCCACCACCCACGAAACAACCAUCCACUGGACAACCCUCGGCCCCUCGACCAGCCCCCCUCUAAUCUUCAUCCACGGCACGCCGUGGUCCUCCUUCGUCUGGGCCGCCUACGCCAAAUCCCUUGCCUCGCAUUUCAAGAUCUACCUCUUCGACCAACCGGGCUACGGCGCGUCCCCUCCGCGCACCCCCCUCCGUGGCCUCGCCGGAGCCCCCACCGAGCCAGACGUCUCCCUCGCCGGACUCGCAGAGGCCUUUGCAGACCUCUACCAGGCCUGGGGUUUCGGCGCGCGCCAAGCGCCGCCGCCGCACGUCGUCGCGCACGAUAUCGGCGGGAUCGUGGCGCUGCGCGCACAUCUCCUGCACGGAUGCAGAUACGCCAGUCUGUGCGCGGUGGACGUCGUCGCGCUGCGCCCGUUCGGGAGUCCGUUCUACCGGCUAGUCGCGGGGAACGCGGCCGUCUUCGCGGCUGUCCCUGACGCCGUCUAUGCGGGUAUGCUGCGCGCGUACAUUGCCGGCGCGGCGUAUGCGCCGCUGGCGGGAGAGGUGGCGGAGAUGCUGGCUGCGCCGUGGGUGGGCGGGAAGCAGGGUCAAGCGGGGGCCGCUAUGCGGAGGUGGGGAGGGCUAUGCCGGUGA